AUGCCGCGUUUCCACACGCUUCCAGGGCUCGGGGGCCCAGCAGGGUUUGGGACUUGGCUUGCGGGCUCCGGCUCAGGCAGCUUUGCAGGCUGUUUUUCCUUCUCGGGGCACCGAAGUAGCAGCGAUGGAGAGCCAGGGAAAUUUAAGCCGCCUCCAAAGCCUGUCAUUAUCGACAAGCAGAGACAGAUGAUGGAGAGGAGGUUCUUGAGCCCUGAAUUUAUACCUCCCAGAGGGAGAACAGACCCUCUUAAGUUCUAUAUAGAAAGAAAGGAUAUGAUACAGAGACGAAAAGUCUUCAACAUCCCAGAGUUCUAUGUUGGCAGUAUACUUGCUGUUACUACUGCAGAUCCGUAUGCCAACGGCAAAGCCAGCCGGUUUGUAGGCAUCUGCAUUCAAAGAGGAGGAAAAGGACUAGGUGCUACCUUUGUGCUUCGAAAUGUUAUAGAAGACCAAGGUGUUGAAAUAUGUUAUGAACUGUACAAUCCUCGAAUCCAGGAGAUCAAGGUUCUGAAAUUAGAAAAGAGGCUAGACGAUAACCUGAUGUACCUGCGAGAUGCUCUCCCUGAAUAUAGUACUUUUGAUAUGAACAUGAAACCUGAGUCUCGUUUAGACCAUGAAGAAAUUCCUGUAAACAAGCUGCAAGUAAGAAUGAAACCUAAACCGUGGUCAAAACGGUGGGAAAGGCCAAAAUACAAUAUAAAAGGAAUAAAGUUUGAGCUACCUGAAGAAAAAAUGAAAGAAGCACAGAAGUGGAGCCAGCCCUGGCUAGAGUUUGACAUGCUGCGCGAAUAUGAUACUUCAAAAAUAGAGGAAAAAAUCUGGAAAGAAGUGAAUGAAGAGCUUAAGAAAUAAUACUAUUUUUGUAGUCUAUGAAUUAUUAAGGAAAUUAAUACAUUCACUUUGAAUUCAGUGUAUGGGUCUUCAGCCCUUUUGUAUAUACAUAGGCAAAGUGUACAAUAAAGUAAAUCUUUCUAGAAAAUCUCAAAGUGUAUAAACUUCUAUAGUUGACCACUGAUUUUGUUUCUGAAAACAAAUACUCCUUUUUUUGAAAAAUAUAAUACCAUAUUCAUCCUUUCUCCAGAAAUGAGAAGCCUCCUUUCCUAAAUUACAGUAACAAUAAGAGUUUACAUCACUGAUUCUCAAAUUGUGUUGUCACUUCCAAAUACUUCUGUAACUGUUUCCCCUGCAAUGCUUAGCUCUGUAAAGGUUUCCUUCAGAAAGGGAAAAAGCAACAUACUAACUAAACAACCUUCUGUUUGAAGAUGGAACUUCUUUUCCUCACCGACUGUUUAUUGCUUUGUAUAGGAUGACCUAGGUUUUUCUGUCUGGUAACCAGACUUCAUGAGUGGGAUGUGACGUGCGGUUGUUAUACCAGGCAUGCAAAGAGAACCACACAUUCUUAGUAAGUAAGUCUACAUUUUGCAUGUAUUUUGAAAAAACAAGAACUAAAGUAGAUUAUACGAGCUGUUACUUCCACUGCUGAGAUUUUUACUUCUGCCAUGUAAGUCCAAAUCAAGCCCAGGUAUAUUCAGAAUUAGGUUCUGUACACUGUUUGACUAAGUUGUUGGCUGUUCCCCUAUCUCUUGCUUCUUGCCGUUGUUUACCCUUCCUUCUUGCUUCUCCUGUUUUCCUCAGUUGUUUUCUUUGCCCUGCUGCACUAGGCAAAUCCUUUUUUUAAAAAAUCAGUACCUCAGUUGUCUUUCCAUCACACAACUGGCUACUACCCACUAUGGCUUGACUAGUCUUACAGUCUCAGAAACAGGCUAGAGCAGGAAAGUAGAAAUAUACAAGACAAACAGUCUGAAAAUGUGUGGCUUAUUUUUUGCCUACAGCCAAAAACUAUUUCUGCUAGAGAGUAAUACUAAUCUAUGAACAAAGCAGCAAAUACACACACUUUUGGAAUCAGUUUUGAAUAGGUGAGGCAGACUGCACAUUGUUUAAGCAAAAGCAUGUGAAUUAGCAGAAGGUGCAGCAGCAAGCGUUCACAACAUGGGCAGGGGAGGUUCUCAAUGCCACUGAGGCUGGGACAGCAGCUGCUUCCAUAAAAUGAUGUAUUUCUAUAGAAGUGUACAGGCAUUCUGAACGCAAGUGGCAAUUGCCUCUUCAAGCUUCUAAGUAAUGUUUCUUCCAUUUAAAGCAACAUCUACAGAGCUAAACUGUGACAGAGUAUCUAUUAAUAAUUUCCCUAAUAGUUAGCACAGAGGUCUCCACAGAAACCAGCCACAUCUGAGAUGAGACAGAGGCAAUGAAGACACACACUUGGGCUGAUCAGCUGUUGCAGUAUUGUUGGCAUUUUGAGAGGAAAAGCAACAAAAAUUCACCUUUAUUAAAAAACAGGAUUUGUAAUGGAAUUCGUAACUGUCAUAAAGGCAACUCAGGUAGCAUUAAUUUCUGUGUAAUAACGAAAGCUACCAAGGAACACACUUGGUUAAGAAUGUAGGUUGAGAAGAGAAACUACAGGCCCCUGGCUUCCAGUGUAAGCUUGGUGAGGAAUCCCCGAGGUAUAAAAGGAACCCGUAGAUUUGUGAUACUGAGAGAAACUCCCUCAUAGCAAAGGGUCACCAACUUCACCCAAAGUACAGAAAGAUGAUUCCUUCAGGACACUACUUUUCUCUCAUAAUUCUUUAACACAUUAUGAGAAUGUUAUUAGAAAUAACUGUUGGAAGAGUCACAUGUUAACCAUCAAAAUAUUUUUACUUGUUUUAAAAAUAAAAGCAAACGAAAAUUAUGUUACAAGCCAUCUCUUGUCUAAAACUUUGAUAAAAGUUAUUUACAAUUAAAAUAUUUUACAAAAAAAAUAGUUAUAACUUAAAAAAACAAUACAAAAGGGCACAGAGAACAAGUCUGCAAGAGUUAAAUUAUCGUCCCAGAAAAUUUGGGGAAAAUACAAACAAGUGCACAGAAACUGUAGUUCAUCACAAGUUUUGAUGUAAUAAAGCAUCUUUUUUAUUCUUUAGUAUAAUACUUUUUACAAAUAUACAAAAUUCUAAAACAUUAAAAUCUAAUUUGGGUAUGAUGAAAUACGAUUUGGCAAAUGUUACUGGGAAGCAAAAGGAAGACUCUCCUAGAACUUCAGUUACAGAACUGAAGUUGUUCUUGUGCUUCUUCUCAAGAAGUUUCCAGUCUAUCAGAAGUCUGAUAAAACAUCAUGCGUGGCAACUCCAGGUCUGUGCACAAAAGUUCAGUUUGCAUCACUCAAGUACAAAACUCUAACCAAUACACACUGGACAUGAUCUUCACUACAGAUCAUCCAACUAGGGAAAUCUCUGUGGACCACAAGUUAGGACUCAAUGAUUGCUGAGACAAAAAGUGGUAUUAAGCAACAUAUUGGAAAUGCCUUGUAAAGUUGUCCACUGAAUAGCAGUGCAGUGAUCAACUUCACAGGCACUCCUCAUGUUUCCUAUAAUCCUUCCAAAAAGGAUAGAGUAAUAAUGCAUUUUCAUACAUUUCAGAGGGCCUUAAACACCACUUUACUAUGAAAACUGUAAUUAAAAAAAAAAAAAAAAAACACACUCCUUAACUCAGGA